UCGAUCAGAGCAUGCAUGUUCCCAUCACGUUGCCCUCGAGUGGAGCUCUGGAUGAAAGAUAGCGAUCCGAUAAACCAUGAAAACGCUUCGUUAUUCAGCAGCUGAUGCAUAAAGCGUUUUCUGAUCCGUAUACGUUGGCCGCAAAAUGCAAUAAUGCGGCCAUCUGAUGGCAUAAGCUUAGAAACCUUGACCCGAGGUGUUACAGGGUCAGGAGCAGACCAUAUAGACGACGGCGGACGACGCCAGUUCUACAGUUCUUCGGUAGUAGCGUGCGCCGGGACGUUCAGCGUCGCGCGUACAAGCCUAGCCGUCCGAAGCGCCAGUUAACUGUUGCUCGCGACGUCGAAACGCUCAGCAGGAAAGCGAAGAAGUUCCGGUUUUUAAGGUUCGCGCGAUUAAGUGUGCUGAAGUUCGCGUUUAGACGCAAAAAAAUUGGGUUUCUUCGAUUUCGGUUUGUGGUGCUUGAGCUGAACUUUGAGGUGGAUAGUUGUUGAGUUUGGGAUGUGUACCGGAUGGAUUUUUGGUUUUUGUGAAAGGAAUCGAGUAUGGUCCCAACAAGGACUAUGUGAAUCUGCUUGGUAUCUGAGAUUAACCCUUAUAAUCUUCAUAAAUGAUAAUCAAAGCAAGGAUGAUUAAUAUGCUGAUGAGAUCACGUGAAAUAUUCAUAGUUCAUCGAAUAGAAUAAGCAGGAAUUGGUGACUAAGUUCGGCUGACAGCUUUUUGGAAGAGGAAUGCUUUUCAUAAAAAAUGCAGGAUCUAGAGGAAAGAACUAUCUACGACUAUGGUGAUAGCACACCCAGAUCAGGAAGAAAGAAAUCAUUGAGGGAACUGGGCUUGAAACGCAUCUGGUCAGCAGUGCGAUCCUCCAAUAGCAGUUCCAGUUCAACCUGCGAUCAUGACGCCAACGAAACUCCUUUGGAGGGUGCGAAGGUCGCCCCCAACUGUUCGCUUCCGCUCCUACAGGUAUGGCCCAGCAGCGAUUCACCCCGUGGCGAGGCCGACGGCCAGAGUUUCGUGUUCCCCGUCUGUGCCGAGGAUGCCACCUCGCCAACCUCGACCUGCGGGGAGAUAAAUCACCACAACGAUUCAGGCAUUGAAUCGAUACAGGCAUCACCCUUACCCGCUUGUACAUCGACGACACCAGUACCUUCCCCAACGCCCAGUAUAAGAAGGCCUAGUACCUCUUUGCUCCAUCCAGACCACGCCAGAUUCCUCAGGCUCCAUCCACUGGUAUCUCCAGAGCAUACGUCGACAGAAGAUAUUUCGGACGGCCACAACCACCUAUCACCAUCGUCUUCAACGAAUUCUUCCUUGAAUUCUGUCGCAGCUGCUGCAAAUACGGCAGCUGUUCAUAUGACAGGGGCAAGGCACAGUGAUCCUCUGGAUUUUGGUAGACGAAGAUCAUCAACGAUGACAGCAAGGUACUCCCUCUUUGACGCCUUAGAUCUAGAAUACGCCCUUCUAAGAGCAGCCGCAAGGGGCAGUGUGGGGCCUUACUCUUUAAGCGAAAGUCUCCACAAGCUGACCUUCACCCAGAGUCUGGCUUUUCCCGCCCUAGCUCGAGGGUUGGCAGGAAAGAGACGAAGAUCCUACCAGAGCAGCAAUACAAGGCCUCUCAACUCAGCAGAAGGAGGCCUCAACGCUUUCGCGAAAGUUGUGACUGCCCUUGUUCUUGUACUUGUUAGUGUUUUGGUGUUUGCGGUUGUGUACAAGUUCGUGAGAACAUGAGGGUUGCUUCUUGCCCCUGGAGGGGCAAGAAACCCGAGGUUUACUCUGAGGAACGCCACAAGUAAACAUUUCACAGCGGGAAAUCACGGCUAGCAGAUAUGUAGACUUGUAGCUAGGCAGUGAACUGUUAUUUCGCGAUGAAACUGCUUUUUUCUUUGGGUUGACUCGGUCUUUACUUGAUGGAAAUUCAUUUGAAUCGAAAUUUAAAAACACUCAAUAUUAUUUCAGUUAUAUAAAUAACAAUUCGCUACAAAGUAGCUUCUUCAGAUUUUACAUUUUGAAUAACUAUUAUUCAAAGUGUAAAAUCGAAGUUACUGAGAAGCGAAUCGUUAUUUGAAUAAUUGAAAUGUGGAAAAUAACUGUUAUUUAAUUUCGCUUUUUUGUUGGUUAUAUAGAAGAUUUUCAUGGGGAUUGAUGCAUAAUUAUUAGUUAUUCUAGCGGUUGAAUCGAGAAACAUCGAAUAUGUUAUAACUCAAUUGUUAAGAUACAUCUUCAAUGCAUUCUCGUGAUUUAUUGUGUUCGAAGAGUUCAAAUCAAACCAGUUUCUCAGUAUUAUCAAUGAAAUGUGAAUGCUAGAAACAUGUCAUUGAAUUUUUGACGUAGGUACAUACUUCAUCGUUUGAAUAUUUACGUGACUCAAGAAAAAAAAAGUUACAAUAUGACUGUAGUUGAUUGAGUAUAAAUUCAUCUGACUAUUGGUAAAUGCUGGAGCAAAAAAGGGAGUUCUUUGAAUUUGAUUGCUAGAAGUUGAAUCACUAUACUAGGUGUCCCAAGUUAUCGUAAACAGGCAAUAUCUAGCUCAUUUGACAUGACAAUGACAAAAUAAGAAAAAUUGCUUUGAAUAACAUCAAUGUACCUUUCCAAUGAUGUAUAAAAAAGAUUCUUACAUUUGACAGCCAUGUGGUAGCUACCCCUCACUUUUUAUUUGAAAAUGGCACCUCCUGUAUAUUGUCAGAGUAAAUUGCGUGUUAUUCUAUUUGGAAUACAACGAAAGCACAUACUUGGUAUUUUUUCAGUAAUAACAACAAAAAUAUUAAUAUUUUGUGACUUCUUUCAAGUUUAUUCAAACUGCGAUAUAGAUUAAUUUUUCGUUUUAAAAAACCGAUGUUUUUUAUAACAAAAAACUUACUCUGUUGUUAUACAAUUCAUUUUUUUUAUUUUUUAUUAUCUUGUCAAAUUAGUCAGAUAUUGCCUGUAUAAGAUAACUUGGCACACCCGAUAUGUGUGCUGUGGUUUUAUAAUCCAGCUGAAUUCAAUCUUAAUCAAAACAAUAAACUUUUUAUGACUUGUUACUGAAAAUCAAUGUGAUGAAAUAAAGGGUGUUACCAAAUAGGUGCGAACAUUUUCUGGGGCUGAAUUUUUGUGGAAUAGUAAAUGAUGUCUUUCAUGCAAACAGAAUAAAGCUCUUAGGACUUUUUUCGAAAAGUUACACGAUUCAUAUCAUAUUUAUUUCUUGAAAAAGUUUCGCAAUGAAUUAUUCUUUCGGCACGUAUUAUUGAAUUGGUUAAUUCUGUUUUGUUGUGAGGUCCUAAUAAAAAAUGGGUGCUUCACAUGUUUGAAAGAUGACAACAUCCUUGGAUGGCCUGAAAUAUUUGAUUCAGGAAAGAGACCCCUUUAAAUUUUGACAAGGAUUCACUUUCUCAGAACAUAUUUGGUAACAGCCUAUAUACAAGUCAACAGUUACAAUUUCAAAUGAAUGAAGAUUUAGACGUAGUUUCAUUUCUAUAACUCCUCUUUUUUUUUUGUGUUUCUUUCGUUAGAAUUCAUUGGAUACGAUCUCGAUCGAUUUGUAAUUAGGUCAAACUAAAUCAAUUAUGCGGUAACUAGAUAAAUUGAAUGCAGAUAAGAUACGUUACAAAUUAGUCACAUGACAUUACCUUAUUACUGCAAACACAAGCUAGGCAUUUCGAUUGAAAUGUCUCUAACAUUAACAACUUUAGUGAAUUGGAAUAUAACACGAAUGUCAAUCGCUCAAUUUGAUAAUGCAGCUUAAAACUUUUGUAGGCCAAAUAGAAAGUUCAGAUAUAAUCGAAAUUUAAUUAUAACACUUUUUUCAUUUUGUUCUUCCAAUGUUUGUUGUAUUAGUCGCACGUGAUAUUAGUAGUUGAUUCAUCAUUGAUGUUAUCUUUGAGUGGACAAGCUUUUUACAUCUUUUUUUCAGUUGCUAAUUUCAAAUUUGAUUUGGGAGACUGAUUCAUAAAUCAGAGAAUGGCUCAGUGAACACUAUACCAGGAUGAAUAGGCCACUAAGGUAACGAAGAGUUAACUCCUGGGUGUCUCCCAGUUGCGUGGCUAUCGAGGCCUCCAAGAUUUGAUUACUGUAUUUGUUGUUAAGUUAUGCUUCCCUCCAAUGAUAUUCCACGAAUUGAAUGAAGAUGGCGUUCACCUUAUUUUACUUAUGAUCCAUUGUUGAGUAAGUGUAUAAAAUGCAUCGAAGUUGAUUGUCAGGAUAAUAUUUCUCCAUUUUCUCCUGUUAUUGGUGUGUUUCAACAAUGCGAUUCCUUUCGAAAAUGAGUUCAAAAGAUAUUACAUCUAGGGAACAACAUGGCUCCAUUUGAUUGAAAUAGUAUCCACAGAAAUUUCCUAUCUGAGUCAACUUUCAAUUGAUCGAUGUUUCCCAAGUUCACCGUGAAAAAGUAAACCCAAUUCCUGAGAUGUAUGUGCGGUCAUUGUUGUGAUGGAGAGACCAAUUAUAGUGGCCACAGUCGUUGAGUUAGAUUUCCGACAUUUCUCUUACGUAUUUUCCUCAAUCUCGCUCUCCAGCAGUUUUGCUGACGGCACUGACACAAUUCAAACUGUUCCUUCGAUGUUCAGAACCAUUCUCAAAAAAAAAAAAUUAACAAUGAUUUGAAUUCGCUGCAGAUAUGAAUCCAAUUUAUCAGAACACAUAGUGUUCCUCUGAUUCCUGUCAGCUAUAAGCUUUUGAGAGAUAGAAAAAUAUUAACAAACAAACAAACUUAUGUUUCCACAUAAUACGAAGUGAAUCAAAAGUAAAUCAAAAGUAGAGCAAAUAACUCUCAAACGAACAGAAGCUCCCUAAGAUAUAUUUCUUCUAUUAGCCCCUUUCCGAAUCAUCAGAUGUGGCCUCUCAGCAACUUUCAACACUGAUGCUUUGAACCGUGAGACAUAUCCAUACUGUUGAUUUUUCUGCAAAGAUGUAUCUCAUCAAUCUCCACGAAUGUAGCGAUUCACUUUCACAUACAUAAUGCCCAAAGUUUGAAAUUCAUUAAUCACUUUAAGGAUGUCAUUAUCUGAAUUGCCACCUUUGCUCCGUGUCAAAUAUGAUAUAUUAUGAAAUCAGAUGAAAUUCUGAUGUGAUAAAUUUUUUUUUUCAGUGGAUUUCGCUCAGAAAAAUAAGAAUUCUAUUUCAUAAAUGUAAUACUGAAAUGAUUGAUAUCAUAAGAUUUGAAUUGCUGUAUUUUAGAAAUUAUAAAAUGAUAUUCUAAAAUUUGAAAACAGGUAAUUUUUAUGGUUGUGAAAGAUACUUGAGUAUUGCGUUACCUACCCAUGUUUAAAAGAACACGUAGCUUAAAUCUUUUUGUACAUUAUACUAUAAGGAAUCCUCAUUAGUAGUGAUGCACAUUUUAAAAGUCAACGGCUUUCUCUGUGGAGAUGAUAACAUAAUUGAGUGUAAUAAAUAAAUAUUUCAUUUUGGAAUGAAAAUUAUAUCUUCUCUAUUGAGAGAUUAUUCUCUCCCUAUUCUUACUGAUACCUGUCGAAUAUAUUUUUAUAAAAUAUUGUUGAAUGUUUUGUCUUUCACCAAAAGUUUUUCGGAUUGUAGUUUUUUGUAUAGGUAUAUUGAAGCAUUAUCUGCAACCACGGCCUAUGUACUCCAGUUUGUGAAUCUCCUAUAAAUGUAAAAAUAUUGGGUCUAAAAGGAGAUUAGUUGUAAAUAAAAUGUAGUACUAUAUUUUCUCAGCUUGAAACAUAUAUCAGACGUUGUUGGAGUGUUAAUAAUGUUACUGUUACACUUUGGAGUUAAUCCUGUAGUUUUCUUACGAAAGAAGUCAAAGGAAAAGACGGCUAAUUAUUAAUCAGACUUAUCGUCAAGCAUGUUCCAACCAACAUGAUUAUAAAUAUUGUGCUUUCAAGAGUUUCAAGAGGAAUUUACUAUGAAUCAAUUUUACAUGGAGUCGGUCUUAACUUGAUGGAGAUUUAUUUGAAUUGAAAUUGGAGGACAGUUAUUGUAUUCCCAAUUUUUAAUCAUAAUAACAAUUGUUUCGGUAUAGAGAAGCUAAAAUUUGAAUAAGCCUUGUGUAGCGAAUCAAUUGUGAUUUAUUCAAUCGAAAUUGGGAGUAAAAUGACUUGAAUUCAAGUAUUUACGAAAAUUUUUCAUAUUGUAUAGAAUUUGUUAGAACCCCUUUUCUUUGAGAGAAUCGAAUAAGUUUAUUGGAUAUUUGAAUGAUUUCUUUUGAUAUGAAAUGAAUCUUUUUACUCGCCUUUUUUCUGGCAUCUCGAACAUUGUUUCGUGAAUUCCUGAAGCAAUUUUUUCAAUAAAAACCUUGUGAAAGCA